CUGACGGCGCUUAUCCCAAACCUUCCUUUUUGGCGCUAACAGCCCUGUGUUCAUUUGCUGCCUAAUUGGACUAUAUGAGACCAAUAACAGGCGAGCGCACACCGCCAGCAGCCAGAGCGCACAGAGAGGGAGGAUGGUCUCUUUCUCUCUCUCUCUCUCUCUCUCUCUCUCUCUCUCUCUCUCUCUCUCUCUCUCUCUCUCUCUCUCUCUCUCUCCCCCCUCACCGUCUCUCCCUUAAUCCCAUUUGCCAUUGUACAUGCCCAAUCGCCUAUACUUUCCGCAUUUAACUUGGAUGACAUUUUUAUUUCAUCAUUAGCAUCAGACUGACUGACACGGUGGACACAGUUUGCGUUUUGACGAAAGAGCCCGGAAUGAGACAUCUCCAUGUUAUUAAAUUUUUUCACGCCUCAAACAUUUUAUUUUAUUAUUUUUCUAGGCUAGAAGGACGUGUGUUUUGACGCGCUCCCCGAGUGUGAAUCGAGUCUCCGCGUUAAAUCAUUGAGAAGAAUAAAACAGGAGCUCCACGCAGUCCGGAUAUCGACUGUCUGUAAAUCAGCCUUUUUUUUUUUUUUUCUUUUGUAAUUCCUGCUUCCGUGGUCCUCUGCGUUCAGACCACAACCACAGCGAUGCCAGAGACAACGCAAGAGACGUGCGCUUCGGCCAAAGACUCUCCUUUCUUCAUUAAGAACCUGCUGAACUGUGAUAGCAAACCGUCCAAACCCAAGCCCGUACUGGCUGCCACCAAGGCGGCCUUGGAGGGAGGAUUUUCCCUUUCUCAAGUCGGGGACUUGCACUUUCCACGCUUUGACCUGCCCGCACAGAGGUUCAGUCUACCGGCUCACUACUUGGAGCGCACCUCGGCGUGGUGGUACCCCUACACCCUCAGCUCAUCCGCCCACCUACACAGAACUGAAGUCACCGAGAAACCACGAGUCAGGGACUCCUCUCCAACCUCGGGCACCGACAGAGACUCUCCGGACAUGGUGCUCAAAUCUGAGCCUGACGCCAAAGACGACGACGAGGAUGAUGAGCACAAUAACAACAAAAGUGGUGACGAGAUAAUCCUGGAGGAGAGCGACGCGGAAGAAACCAAAAAAGACGAACUGGAGGAGUGGAAGAAGAGAGACGACGACAAGAAGCCGUGCCGCAAGAAGAAGACGCGCACGGUUUUCUCCCGGAGCCAGGUGUUCCAGCUGGAGUCCACCUUCGACAUGAAGCGGUACCUGAGCAGCUCGGAGCGCGCCGGCCUGGCCGCGUCCCUCCACCUGACGGAGACUCAGGUGAAGAUCUGGUUCCAGAACAGGAGGAACAAGUGGAAAAGGCAGCUGGCCGCGGAGCUGGAGGCCGCGAACCUGAGCCACGCCGCGGCGCAGAGGAUAGUCCGAGUGCCCAUCCUCUACCACGAGAACUCGGCAUCGGAGAGCGCAGGUGCCGCUGCCAACGUGCCCGUGAGCCAACCGCUGCUCACCUUCCCGCACCCUGGCGUAUACUACUCCCACCCCAUCGUCACAUCCGUGCCGCUGCUGAGACCGGUUUGAAAAUAGCAGAAGUCAAAAUCAAGUAAAGAAAAAAAAGACAAAAUAUUUUUGUACAAUUGAAUAAAAAAAGAAGAGAGAGAGAGAGAGACACUGCAGGCCUACGUGGACCUAUUUUGGCAAAUAUAGCCUAUUGUGUCAUUUUCCAUAAGGGUGCCGUUUACACGUGAUCCGACAAUUCAAAUCCCAUGUUUUAUAUUAUUAUUAUUAUUAUUAUUAUACGAUCACCUGUGGUGUCCACCUGCUCACACUGCCUGUCUUUAAUUCUUUCCCUAGUUUUUACACCAUGACUUGUUGAACAGGCCAACUGUGUGCGAUAUUAAUUAAAAAAAAGUACCUUGUUUACAAAACGUGGCGGCCUAAAGGCGCGGGCCUGCUUAUCCAUUAACACACUUAUUUUGUUCACAUGUCCAGAACUGCUGACACGAUGAUGUGCAAUACACUGACGGUGUGCUGUGAAUGAAUGAAUGAAUGAAUGAAUCCACUAAACCGAGAAAAAAAAAAGUUUUGUUUUGUCUAUUCACGUUGGAACACUGAUGAGGCUUUGUUGUAAUAUUUCCCCUUUCUUUUCUUUUUUUCUUUCUUUUUUUGCUGUUUGAAGCGCGUGACGUGGACAAUCAAGACACUCUCAGCUGUAAAAUACCCCUGUAGCUUUAUGUUUAGUUUUAGUGACUCUCGCCCGCGUUCCCUCCACACGGACACGUCCUUCAAGCACAAGUGUGAGCGCCAAUUGUCUCUUGAUCUACUUUGUGUUUUUGAACAGGAGCGCCAAGAUAUCGACUACACUGGUGUACAAAAUAUGUAAAUGUAUAUAUUUAAUGAGGCGCCGGGAGAGGAGCUGCCACUCGCAGCUUCUCCUUUGUACAGUAAAAACAACGUUUUGAUAUUGUAUUGCUGAACCAUGUUGUGAAAUAAAUGGAGAAUAUUCCUCACAUUUUAGGACAUUUUUUGUAAGUCUUCCUUUCUGUAUCCAGCCAUGGAUUAGAAAAAUCUCUCAAGUAACCUGAUGAGGUUAAAUGGAGCCAUGUUCUAAUCAACAUAUAUUUUAAAAUGCUGUGUUCGUGCACCCUGCAUAAAAUUUCACACACGUUUUACGCAACAAUCGAAAACAUUAUUAAAUGUAGAUAGUGAUAGGACAGAUUAAUGCUUAUCUGAUAAUAGACACACACACACACACACACACACACACACACACACACACACACACUCACUCUCUCUCCCUCUCACACACACAGACACACUUGGGCAGGUGGGUUUCUGUAAUCAUCUUGGUGUUAUGCACUUUAAAAACGUUAUUUUACAUAAAAAGUGGCUCGGUCAAUUAGAUGCGUAAUUGCCACCAUCUUGCCAAAAUGAUGGGUAAUGUAUUCAGAAGAGGACAUUACUCCCUGAGUGUGAGCUGCUG